AUGCUCACUUUACUAUUUCUCAUCUCUCAUAGCAGCCGUGUUAUGGAAAUACUUGUCAUGGUGGUGGCAGCAGUCAUAAUUUUCCAAGAAAUUCUCGGUUGCACACGACAAGAAAGGCAGAAGCCAAGCAGUAGAAGGAUGCAAGAAGAUAAGGAAAAUAAGAAAAACACCACAUCUGGGAAAAGCUUACCAAAACCUAAGGGAAAAGAGAAACUGGAUGUGAAAACAGCGCUACCAAGGUCACAACCGAGUUGUGAAACGCAAGCAGAAACGCAAAUUUUAGAGACAAAAGAUGCUGAGAAGAAAAUAGUAGAGAAAGGUCCAAAAACCGAAGCAACUAAAUACGAUGAAACAACCUUAUUAAACCCACCUAAAGUAAAUCCGAGAAGUAAGGGUGAAGUAAUAUCGAACCCGAUAGUGACGCCAGUCACUGAUGAGUUCCCAACAGAAGACAAAGAGGAAUCCAAAUUUGAAAUAAAAGAAGAAGAGAAAGGAAAGGAUGAAGAGAAGAAAUUCGAGGGCGGACAGCUGAAACAGGCUAAAAAGGAAGAUAUAGUCAACUAUGAGGCGAAAAAGAAGAAGCAGGGUGCAGAACGAAAUGUAUCAAAUCCAAUAGUCACUCCAGUAUCGGAUGAGUUUCCUACGGAAGAAGAGGUGAAAGGUGCAAAAAAAGAGGACGUAAAAUGA